AUGAAAUGUGGCAGCGAGGACAGGGCUGUUAAGUGUAAUGGACAAGCCGUGUCAAGAGCAAUAAAGCAGCAGGGGAUAUGGGACUUUGAGCGCCGCUUUUAUGAACACAUCGAGAGCCUCACCGAUUGUACUUGGGAGCGCAGUAAUGCAGGGAGCAGAAACAGCGGCCAGGAGGCAUUCUCAGGAGGGGCAGAAAUUCGUUCCUUCUCUCCAGCUAGCUAA